UCAGCUUAUAUAUAUUAUUGCGUUUGAUCGAAUUUUACUGUAAUUCAGAUCUUGAAUAACAACUAGAAAAGCUUCAUUAGCAGAGUGAUCGACAAGGAAAUUAAAUGGCGUCGUCGUUGUUGUCCAUGGCGAUGUUCGUCGUGGUCCUGAUGUGCGCCUCAGCAAUGGCCGCCCAGGCGCGCCUCCCGCCGGGGUCUAGCCCGCUGGUGGCGGCGUGCACGGCGGGGCCGUUCUCCAAGCUGUGCGUCAAGGACCUGGGCCACCGCCUGCUGGACAUCCAGACGGUGCUGACGUCGGUGUCGAACCACGGCGCCGCCAUCGCCGGCGCGCCGGGGCAGGUGGACUUCAGGUCCCUGGUCGCCGUCGCCAUGGAGGCCGCCACGGAGUCCGGCGCGGUGGCGGCGACGGUGUUCGAGGGGAAGCUCCCCGGGUUCAACAAGUCCGUGCCGGACUUCAAGGCCUGCCUCGACAACUGCAGCGUGACGGUGUCGAGCGCCAUGAAGGAGAUCCACGGCGCCGCCGCCGCGCUCAAGGCCGGCGACGACGAGGUCGCCAAGACGCUCGUGCUUCGCGCCAUCAACGACGUCACCAUGUGAACGUACAGCUGCAGGGAGCUCAACGGCGACAUGGCGGUCAUCCUGGAGCACAGCCUCGUCCAGUUCCAGAAGAUGAUGAGGAUCGCCGUCAACUUCAUCAGCAAGAUGAAGAAGUCACCGCUUCCUCCUCCUCCUCGUUCUACUCCUCCUGCUCCUCCUACUCCUCAUCGGCUGCACUGAAUAUGCUUGCUUCUUCACUUCAGUUCGCUGGACUGGAUUAUCCAGCGAUUAUCCCUUAAUUAAGAGAGCCCCCUAGUUAACCCUCUUCAGUACGUACGUUCUCUGGUUGCGAUCAUAGUUAGCUAGCCUUCGUUUUGAUUUUUCAGAGUUGAGUACCCUAAUUUCUUCCCCAGCUGUAUCCCGUCUUCGUUUUUUUCCCUCUCUCUUUUUGUUGGUUUAGCUCACGUGAAUAAACUGCAAGUAAAGUAAAUAUUGUUAUUACAGAUCCAAAUAUACUCACUCUGGCCAA